UUAGGAUAAUAUUGAGGCAGGUUCGUCGACUAAGGUUGUGGAUUGCAUUUUGGAACUUAAAGCAUACCACGAGUGGAAGCAAAUGACUGGAGGCGUCGGAUGUUAUAAGCCUCUAAGGUCUCCUCUCUUGACCCCUUCAAGAGGAAGGAUUAAAGAACAAACACAUGUGACAAUCAAUUUUGAUUGUCACAGGCGAUUGGAAAUGUCGGCUAGCUUUCCAAAACAAUCAUCGACAGAUGAAGAAAUUAAGAAACUUGAAGGCAUGAUUGUCAAGGCUAUAGCUGAAAAAAUGGUGGACAUGAAGGAAAACAUGGGCUCUUUUCAGAAUGGGAAUACGAACCAAGUUGAAUUGUUCAGUAGGAUCUUCUCUAUCUGCUUAGAUGAACAACUUCAAAACAAGUCCCCUAAGUGUUGUAGAUCUUGCAUAAAGAAGGGAAAAUGCAACCACUGGACUCUAGUUGUGAUGCAAGAAAAGGAACUUUCAAAUCUAAAGGUCCUGUUAGCGAGUACGAAGAGAGAGUUUGAAAAUCUGCAGUCUCAGCUACAAAGUAAUCUGAAGCAACUUGCAACAACUGAGCUUCAGGAAGGAUAUGAUGUCACAAAAUCAUAUGAUCAAGCGGGUAAUGAUAGUUUCAUGAAGACUCCUCCGAGUCCACCUUUUGCUUUUAGAAGCCAGGAUACUCCUCAAACUCCAGCUUCUGGUCUCAAAUACCAGCAAGAUCCUCGGAGUCCAACUUCUGGUUUUAAAAGCCAACAGCCUCCUCGGAGUCCAACUUCUUGUUUUAAAAGCCAGCAGCCUCCUCGGAGUCGAACUUCCGCUUUGAAGAGCUGCAAUGCACCUGGGAGUCCAACAAGUGCUGCCAUCCAAAGCCAG